AUGACUGUGGGUUAUGUGUUGAUUAUCCAGGCCGUGCCCAAGGAGAUAUGUAAGGAACACACUAUGACUGUGGGUUAUGUGUUGAUUAUCCAGGCCGUGCCCAAGGAGAUAUGUAAGGAACACACUAUGACUGUGGGUUAUGUGUUGAUUAUCCAGGCCGUGCCCAAGGAGAUAUGUAAGGAACACACUAUGACUGUGGGUUAUGUGUUGAUUAUCCAGGCCGUGCCCAAGGAGAUAUGUAAGGAACACACUAUGACUGUGGGUUAUUUGUUGAUUAUCCAGGCCGUGCCCAAGGAGAUAUUCCAUACCCAUGGGAUAUUUCUACAUCUCGAGGAUGAUGCCAUAAAUAUAACCGCCAUACCAGCCAGAGCCACAGGAUAUUUCUACGUCCAGAGGGUGUGGCCAGAGCCAUGGAAUAUUUCUACGUCGAGAGGGUGUGGCCAGAGCCACAGGAUAUUUCUACGUCUAGAGGGUGUGGCCAGAGCCAUGGAAUAUUUCUACAUCGAGAGGGUGUGGCCAGAGCCACAGGAUAUUUCUACGUCGAGAGGGAAAAAGCUCUACGGUGUCCAGAAUGUAACCAUCAACCAGGGCUAUGCCCAUGAACUUCAAAUAGUUCCACUUCUUCUGUCCACACAAGGAGAUUCUCUGGAGUUUGUGAUCAGAACUCUUUGGAAUAAAGAUAUAUGUACUGUCAAGUUUGACAGUCGCCUGCUGGCUAACUACCAGACAAAUCUAGUAGUUGUUACUGAUCGCCAGCAGAAUAAUGACGUCACCGAUCUUGUCCGCACUGUGCCUGGCCAGUAUUGGAUUGGUUUAACCUUAUUGCAAAAUCUGACCGGUGAAACUUGGGCAUCAGAAACAGAAAUUGCAUCUCAGCUACUUGCCGAUGUACCAUCAACUAAUGGACUGAUCGCAAAAUGGUCAAGUGGCGAAAACGGGACAAUACUGCAGGGAUACUGGGAUGUAAAUGAGCCCGACCUCCGCCGCGGCGGCUGUGUAUAUCUGAGUGAUUCAGGCCGUGAACUUCUAAUAUGUUGUCUGCCACUGUUUUACACACUUCCCUCUAUAUCAGCUGACCAGUGUCAUUUCCAUGUGAUGAGUAACCAGGGACAGCUGUCUUCACCCGGGUAUCCUGGACAAUAUCCUAACAAUACACAGUGUUCAUGGCUGAUUGAAGGACCUCCAUGUAGCGUUGUCAAAGUGCAGUUUUCAAAAAUAGAAACGGAGCCAGAUUUUGAUGAAGUGAGAGUACUUGUUGGUGGGAGAACUGUUUCAAUGUCGGAAUAUGUGGACAGAUAUUCAGGAAACUUAACAGAUGUUCAGGUGAUAAGUCCCAAUAAUCUGCUCAUCAUCAAGUUCAGCUCUGACCACUCCAACUCAUUCAAUGGCUUUACAGCUCAGUGGGAAGUAGUGACACACAAUAUUCCUGUCACAGGGCUCCCCCUGGUGGCCAAUCUGUCCCUGCAGGAAGUCACAUCACCAUUUUAUCCAUCAUAUUACAUCAGUGAAUUUUUGGAGUGGAUCAUAUCCCCACAGCAUGCAAGAAAUGUUAUUAAGCUUCAGGUCUUAGACUUGGACUUGGAUGAAGGGGACUACGUGAUUGUCAGACAUAACAAUGUAUAUGGUGAAGUGUUGGCGGUAUUCAGCUCUAUAGGAGGACCAUCCACAGUCAUCUCUGUUAAUGCAUUACAUAUAACAAUGAAGGUGAAGACAUCCUACUCCAGACAAUAUCAUCGAGGAUUCAGAUUUAGUUACACUGAAGGUUGUGACGUCAUCCUGAAUGAAGAUAUGGGGAUGGUGUUUUCCCCAGGAUAUGGGGUACUCAACUACCCAGCGUACCAGAACUGUUCCUGGACUUUAGUGGCCUCACAGGGCCGACGCCCUACUCUGCUGUUUGAUGAAGAAUUCCACUUAGAAGACGGAUAUGACUUUUUACAGAUCUAUGAUGGACUGAACGAUACAGGAGAACCCCUUCAUCCGACUGGUAGUUUAGGACUCACAGGAAUUCUGGCACCACCGCCUCUUACGAGUUCUACUAACCAGCUACAUAUAAACCUUAGGUCUGAUUCCCUCCUCCAGUACAAAGGGUACCGGGCACGCUUUUCUAUAGGUUGUCCUGAUCCCACAUUUAACAACAACACAAUGGUAUCCCCCUCUUCAUCAUCGUAUGAGUUUGGAUCAUUCCUUAAUAUCUCCUGUAAGCCUGGGUACACAUUUCUGGAGGAAGAAUUUCAACACGACAACAACACCAGUAAACAGUAUGUGGAGAUGAGGUGUUUGUAUGGAGGAAUCUGGAACGUGAUAAACAUACCACAAUGUCAAGCCAGGUAUUGUGGGCCACCACCUGCUGUAAAGAGUGGCUACCUUUUGCAUGGUGAGGGAGUUCAGUAUGGCUCGUCUGUGACCUACAGCUGUGAAGACGGUCAUAUUCCGACUGGUAAUGUGACUGUAGUCUGUCAGAAGGAUGGCAUGUGGGAAACUGUACCGUCCUGUUAUGCGGUGAAUUGUUCCUUGCCAGCGAUUGUACCAAAUGCCACCUCAGUCCUAGAAAGCGGUUCUGGAUGGGACUUUGGGAGUCGUGUGGUUUACACGUGUGAUGCAGGGUUCCAGCUGUUGGGAAGUGCUAUUCUCUUCUGUCUUUCUAAUGGCACCUGGAAUGAAGAGGCACCUUCUUGUGAACGUGUGUCUUGUCCGGUACCAGAGAUAGAGCAUGGCAAGGUAGAUACACCAGGGCUCCGUAUGCUUUAUAAGGAUACUGCUACACUGACUUGUGAUGCUGGGUUCUUGAUCAUUGGUACAUCUACAGUAACAUGUCAUGCAAACCAGACCUUUGGUAGCCUUCCCUCUUGUGAAGAUGUGGACGAGUGUGAGAAUGACACAACCUGUGAUGAAAUCAGUCAGAACUGUAUAAAUACAAUGGGGUCCUACAUGUGUCACUGUAAAGCUGGAUAUCAGGAAAAUGGAACAUUCUGUCAGGAUAUUGAUGAGUGUGCCACUAAUAGCAGCAAUUGCAGCCAGGAUUGUGAGAACUUUGCUGGAGGAUACCAGUGUAUUUGUAACCUGGGGUAUGAGUUAUACACUGCCAAUGGUACACAGGGGUACUUCAUACCUAUAGAGGAAACUGGAACCCUUGCUGGGGACCGUUACCAUCUCAAUCACACAUGUGUUUUGGCUACUUGCCCUUCUGAUGGGCCCAACAUGUGGGUCAAUGCUUCUGUGCCAGCCACAGUCAUCUUCCCAAGUGUGAUGCGAUACCUAGAUGUUGUCAGUCUCAUCUGUGAUGUUCCUGGCAUGGAGACUUUUAAUAAGACAAGGCAAUGUCUGUAUGAUCAGCCUACUGAUACAUACAGACUAAUAGGGGAUUCUUACGAAUGUGGAGAAAUAAAUUGCAGAGUUCCUUAUAACUUACCGAAUGGAAAAGUAGAGCUUGUGACAGGCACGACCUUCGGCAGUGCCUUCAACAUCACCUGUGAUGCUCUGUAUUAUCUCCAUGGCAACAGUAGUGAAGGAGACAAAACAGUCAGGUGUGGUUCUGAUGGCUACUGGGACUAUGGAAGUCUGGUUUGCUUACCUGUCAGGUGUCCAGAUCCAGGAAGACCACGAGGAGGAUCAUUUGUAGGGACAGACUUUUCUCUGGGAGGGACAGUGCAAUUUUAUUGUGAUGAUCCAGAGCUGGAGGUGGUUGGCAACUCACAGCUGGAGUGUGUGUCAGCACCAGAUAACUCAUCAUUGAUAUGGAACAGUACCCUUCCAAUAUGUAAAGAUGUCAUCCGACCGACCAUUACAGGAUGUCCAGUGGACAGUGUGAUUGUCAAUAAGUAUUCGUCACCAAUGAUUUCUGUGCCUGUAGCAAAUGACAACAUAGCAUUGGCUAACUACACUGUGUCUCCUGUUUACUUUAAUCCUAGUGAUCCAACAGUGGAGAACCUGACCAUAGUUUACACUGCUACAGACUUCUCGGGGAACAUGGAGGAGUGCAGGAUCACUAUCCUUGUACUGGAUGAGAGCCUUCCAACAAUUCAAUGUCCUGAAUCCUUCACUGUCUACCUAACAGACGAAGAUCAUCCCUACAAUCUCUCCAUCUCUUCGGCAAAUUUCUCUGUAUCAUCCUCCUCCUCAUGGACACUGGACUUUGGACCGCAACAAGUGCCUGUAUCUGCUGAGACCCUAGAUAAGACUUUUACUGUAUAUGGCAACAUCACAGACACUUGGGGAAAUUCUGAUACCUGCUGGUUUCAAGUGAAAGUAAAAGACAUCUGCCAUCCUUCCACACUAACAAGUCCGAUUAAUGGUCAGUUAAAUUGUUCGGCCACUCCGGACAAAAAGGGAUAUCGAUGUGAGGCAACAUGUAAUCAAGAUUAUUACUUCUACGAGGACUUCUCUCCAAACUAUGAUGUGUUCAUCACCGAAUGUACUGUAGGUGGUAACUGGACAUCGUCACAUGUUCCAUCUUGUGUCUCUUCAUCACAAACCUCCUUUAGACAAGUUCAGCGCCUGGUUUAUCAGCCGAUCAGCAAUGCUAGUGUAAUAUCAGAGGAUUGUAUGGGUCAUUACAUAACCAGCAUCCAGCAGACCUACCCGACAGUCUCGGAGAGGGUCAGCAAUGUUUGUGUGUUGCUCGGUGAGAUCAGCAUUGUCACCAUUACUUCUGGACAGUUCAGCAACAUCAUAAACAACUCGUUUACUGGUACCUACACGCUUGAGUUCGACCCUCGGACUGUAGAUGCCUCACACGAUUGUGUACAAGCUACCUCUUUGAUUUUCACCAAAACAACAUUAGUUAUGGAAGAAAUGAAGAAUAUCUUCGGAAUCACAGAUUGCCCCAACAUCACUGCAGAGCAUGAAACCCAAGUCACUAAUGAACAGAUGUGUGAUGACAGCACGAAAACACGUGAUCAAGCAGGCACUCGGGUCUGCUUGGUAUGCCCACCAGGAACUUUCAAGAAUGAUGUAAAUGAGUGUGAGUUAUGCCCCUUUGGUACAUACAAUGAAGAACAGGGAAUGACAUCUUGUAGCAGCUGUCCACUUGGUACAUGGACAGAGAAGGGAGGCAACUCUAAUGCUUCAGAUUGCAAAGGACCUUGCCAGUACAACAAAACCUCAGGUGUGUUAGAUAUCAUCUCUGGUCCAACCUCCUCUGGCUCGGUGGGUCAGUGUGAACAGUCUUGUGAGGAUCUUGAGGUGAUGACCACAGUCAGAUGUACGGGCUUCUCUUACAACAAUCUGCUCCAGCGGUGUGUGCUCCACCAUGGAGAUACGGUCAAAUUGAUGGCCAACUCAACAUACGACCAUUACCAACGGACUUGUGAUAGACUCUCUGACACCGUUAACCUGGUAUAA